AUGGACUAUGCGCAAGCAUAUAGGUUCAUAUUGAAUAUCUGUUCUUGCGCUUCGCGAACAUAUAGCAGAAAGUUUUUUGACAUCACUGAGAUAGCCACUGAUAAAUUUGUGGAAGUUAUCAAUUCUCAGUUGACCGAAGAAGAGGCUCUUCAAAGUGUUAUUGUUGAAGAUUGCUUGCGAAAACCACGCAGAGAAGCAAGGAGACGAAUAGACGGGGAAAAUGCUCGAGAUGAUAUUCAAUUGGCAGUUUGGAUGAGCUCGAGAAAUUUGAGGUAACUGUAUAUCAUUCUGUUUAUGAUACUGCAUUGCAAAGUUUGGAAAAGCGAUUUGCAGCCCACAGGUUUAACAUUAAUAUGUCCGUUGAGAUUUGUCCCGACAAGAGUCUCUGUAACUGGGCUGUUGGAUAUAUUUGGUGAUCAUAUAUUCCGGCGAGCCGGAAUCACUAGAACAAGAGCUUCUUACUUUCGCCAAUAACUGUCCAUCGUUGAAGAACUGCGAUAGUUUUUCGCACGAAGAUGAUUCCAAUCAGGAUUCAGAGAACAUAGAAAGUGAAGUUGACAAUGCGCGCAAGAAAUUAAGACUCAUCGGAGAACCGAACGAUGACAAUCUUGCGUUUGGAAAUAAAUCAACUCAACCAAGGUCUCAUGAAAGUAAUACAGUCACUGAUGACCAUGAAGAGACUGAAGAUGAUGCCCGUGAUGAUGGUGAGAAUCAGAAACUACAAGUCGUGGUAGAUUUAUUAGGCUACGUGGAAGAUGCAACAACAGUUGCCCGACAUGUGUAUGCAUGUUUUUGA